AUGCCACAUUUUUUGGCAGCACUGUUUGCAACAGUGGCUUGCAUUAUCUUUGCGCUCACUACGUUCGGCAAUCUUCUGGUGCUGUGUUUCAAAGCCCGAGUUGGCCGUACAAAUACUACGCUAUUAGUGUGGAAUUUAGGCCUUACUGAUUUCCUUGUUGGUAUUAUCGUUCUGCCACUUGGUGCAGUUCACGUUAUUUUGCGUGAAUGGCAUUUCAGUCGCUCGCUUUGUCGUUUAUGGGUAGCAGCCGAUGUUACUUUUUGUACCUGUUCGGUGGUGACAAUCUGUGUGAUAUCAGUCGAUAGGUAUUUAGCAGUAACUCGUCCACUACAAUAUAAAACGGUAGUUACGAAAACGAAGGUGAUUAUUACAAUUGUUUCAAUUUGGUGCUUUUCACUUUCUGUGCUGUUGGCUACCGUAAAAUGGGAUCAACCACCAACUUGUUUGAAUUCAAACGUAUGUUUUGCGGGCAAUGAAAUCCGUUAUUUGGCGCACAGUGUUAUAUUUGCAUUUUUCAUCCCAGCUUCAGUAACGUUGACACUGUACUGGAGGAUCUAUCGAUUAGCGCGUAAUCGACAAAAAGCCCUGGAUAGCGGAUUUUUAAUGAUUUUAGGACAAAAUAUGAAUUUCCUCACGAAUACGCUCAGUGAGCAUGUAAGUUAUACGUUAGAAACAUUCUCUAUUAAAAGAUAUUAGCU